UUUGUUUAAAAGCAGACAGCAAGUCCACUACUGUUCUCACUAGGACUCGGGGAAGCCUUCCGAGGAAACAUUUCAAAGGAGAUUUCAAACCAAAGAAUUUGGAAAAUGCGCUACAUAUUUUUGUCUUUGCUCCUCGCCUCCUGGCUCUCGGUGGGACUGGCGAACCGUGUCUACGUCCACCCAUUCCACCUCUUUGCUUCUGAGAAUGUCAGCUGUGAGACCAUCAUAAGCGAAGUGAACAGAACCCUGGAGACAGUCCCGUUGACCCCCAUUGACAAUGACAGCAUUGCCCCAGACACUCGGGCCCCCUCAGACACUGACGGACUGAAACAGAACGUCACUCAGCGUACUGCCGUUCUGGCCGAGCUGCUCAACUCGCUGGGGCUCCGCAUGUACCAGACUCUGAGCCACAAGCAUAAGGACUCCAACACAUUGCUCUCUCCCAUGAACUCCUAUGGCACCCUGGUCACGUUGUAUCUUGGGGCCUCCAAGAAAACAGCCAUCCCUUAUCAGCAACUGCUUGGCCUGAACAGGGACACUGACAGAGAAGACUGUGUCUCCUUAGUGGACGGGCACAAUGUCCUCCGCACUCUACAGGACAUUAACUCCCUGGUGGAUGGGCCCACGGAUGAGAUUGACACUAGGGUGUGGGCCUUUGUUCGUCAGGGAGCCGACCUCUCCAAGGACUUUGUCCAAGGCACCAAGGAUUUUUCUGAUACCUCAUACAUCAGAGCAGUAAAUUUUUCAGAUCCAGAGAAGGCCGAGAUCCAGGUAAACCCUUUCGUCCAGAUGACUUCAGCGGGGAAAAUCACAAACCUGUUCAAGGACCUCAGCCCCAUCACCGAUCUCUUAUUUGUCAGCUCUGUCCAUUUUAAAGGCAACUGGAGGACAGCAUUCCAGCCGGAGAAAACGACCAUGCAGGAAUUCAAGGUCGACGAGACGACAACAGUCUCAGUUCCACUCAUGACCCACACAGGCAACUACAAGUACCUGAAUGAUAAGAGCAGAAAGUGCAAAGUGGUGAAACUGGCUCUGAGCAAACGGGCGUACAUGCUCCUGGUGCUGCCCGAUGAGGGAAGCAGCCUGAAUGACUUGGAGGCUAAGCUACGGUCAGACGUAAUCUCUGGCUGGCACAGCCACCUGAAGGAGGGGUUUCUGGAACUGUCUCUGCCAAAAUUCUCCAUGUCAGCCUUGACUGACCUGAGGUCAUUGCUCUCUGACAUGGCAGCUGAGAUUGAGAAACGUCUACUGGGUUCAGAAGCGGAGUUUGAGAGACUCAGUAGCAAGAAGCCGUUCAAUGUAGAUAAGGUGUUCAACAAGGCAGCAUUUGAGAUGUCUGAAGAUGGCGCUGAGAUCCAAGACAAGACCCAAGAUGGUGGCAUUCCUCUUAAACUUACAGUCAACAGGCCCUUCUUCUUUGCUAUUGUAGAGGGAAACUCCAAUGCAAUUCUCAUGUUGGGAAAAAUAAAAGACCCAUCCCUUUAGGGCUUUUUACAGCAAUACAAAUCACUGACCAACAGCACAAGAACGGCCUUGAAAACAACCUGGAUCAGUAGAACGGGCAUGAAAACAACCUGGAUCGGUAGAACGGGCAUGAAAACAACCUGGAUCGGUAGAACAGGCAUGAAAACAACCUGGAUCAGUAGAACAGGCAUGAAAACUACCUGGAUCAGUAGAACAGGCAUGAAAACAACCUGGAUCAGUACUUUUUUUGUACCGAAAGAUCAAAACAUUAUUGCAUUUUCCUUUACUGGUAUGAUAAUUUAUUCCUGGAGUUAGGAACUUGUGUGUGUCAGGUUUGUAAAGUAACACUGUAUUACAGUGAAUGAAGAAUGUGAAGUACAUUGUAAAAUUAAAUCAGUGUACUGUAAAUACUAUGACAAAUGUAGAAAGGCUUCCACAGGAUUAUUCAAAGGUGAGUUAGUAGUUAUUUUAUGAAGAGUUUAUUAGAUUUUUUUGUCAAGAUCUGUGAUAAAUAAAAUUGUUACUCAUUACCGUGGAAAUACAGAUCUUUUGAUAAACCCUUCCGACUAAAAUGUACCAUAUUUUUCCUGAGAAUUAAAGUUUGGGGUAUCAAUGUUAA